UUGACGAAGCUGCUGGGACUCUAUCGAUUCGCUUGAUCCUGGGACUUCUUUGCAGUCAUGAUUCGGGUUUCUUUGCCCCUGUGUAUCUUACUGUUUGCGCUGCAAACUAUUGCUGUGGUGAAGGCCAACUCUGGAGACAAGCUGAUAAGAAGAAAAAGAGUAUGGCUUCCCCCAACAAAAAAUCUGACAGAAAAUGUAGACUACACUAAAGAGCGCUCCGUUGCCUGGAUUCAUUCAGAUUAUGAUGAUGGCAAAGGGAAUAUUGACUACUCUCUAGAAGGCAUCGGUGCAAGCCAAUAUCCCUUCCAUGUGUUUGUAGUCGACCCUAAAACUGGAUACGUUCGUGUUACCAAGGUGCUUGACAGAGAGCUCAUCGAUAUGUACAAUCUGUCAGGUGUUGCUAAGUACAGGAAUGGCAUCCGAGCAGAGGACGACGUUCCCGUACGAUUUAAGGUUAUAGAUCAGAAUGAUAACGCUCCUGUAUUUGGAGUCAUCAAGCCGGGGGAGGUGAAUGAGCUCAGUGCUAAAGACACUUCAGUUAUGAAAAUAACUGCAACUGAUGCUGAUGAACCAGGGAAUAAGAACUCCAAGAUCGCCUACAGCAUCGUAAAUCAGAACCCACCUGAUGACAUGUUCUACAUGUCCAAGGAUGGGACCAUCUAUGUCAAAAAUUCUGCCCUGGACAGGGAGAAAGUGGAUCAGUACACUCUAACGGUGAAAGGUCAAGAUUUAAACGGUGAACCAGGGGGACUGAGUGGAAUCACCACUGUUACUAUUAAUGUCAUAGAUGUGAAUGACAACCCUCCUACUCUGGAAAAAGAGAAGUAUGAGGGCAGCAUUGUGGAGAACACAGAUGGCAUCGAGGUGAUGAGGAUCAAAUCAAAUGACCUGGACCUGAAGGGCACAGACAACUGGGAAGUUGUGUAUGAUAUUGUGACAGGCAAUGAGGCCGGGUACUUCAGCAUUGAAACAGACCCCAAAACCAACGAGGGCAUUCUAAUGCUCGACAAGGCCGUGAAUUAUGAGGAUGUGAAGGACCUUGACCUAGGAAUAGCUGUGAGGAACAAGGCUCCACUAUAUGAUGGAACUGGGGGAAAUGCGGAAGUUGAUAUAAGUUUAAGUGGAGAAGAAGCAACAGGGGCAACUGGGGGAGCUGCAGGGACAGGGGGAACUGCAGGGACAGGUGGAGCUGCGGGAACAGGGGGAACUGGAGGGUCAGGGGGAACUGGAGGGUCAGGGGGAACUGGAGGGUCAGGGGGAACUGGAGGGUCUGGGGGAGUAACUGCCACUGGUGCUGGAGCUGGGUCUGGAGGAUCAACGGGGCAAAUUGGAACCACACUUAAAACCUAUCCAAUCAAGAUCAAUGUGAUAAACCAGCCCGAGGGCCCAGCUUUUGACCCAGAGGUCAAAGCUAUUCCCAUAUCAGAGGGAGGCCAGCCCAUUGACAUCAACAAGGUUAUUGCCACCUACCCAGCAAUAGAUCAAGACACUGGAAAACAAGCUGACAAUGUCAGGUAUGCCAAGGGCUCAGAUCCUGCCAACUUGCUCACCAUCGACCCAGAGACAGCUGACAUCAAACUGAAAAAAAGGCCUGAUAGAGAAUCUCCAUACCUGGUCAAUGGGACAUAUUUUGCUAAAGUACUUUGCAUUUCAGAAGACAUGCCUGGUAAAACAUCCACCGGCACAAUAGCCAUCCAGGUAGAAGAUUUUAAUGACCACUGCCCCACCCUGACCAGUAACGUCGAGACUGUGUGUAUCCCACAUGAUGCUGUUUUGGUGAAUGCCAGAGAUGAUGAUUUAUUCCCCAACGGGCCACCUUUUGACUUUGUCAUCAUCCCAGAAGGCACUCAGGGCAAAUGGCAGGUGGAGCAUUUAAAUGAAACUGCAGCUAUCCUGAGAGCCCAGGAGACCCUAUGGCCUGGUGUCUAUGAGGUGCAAUUUGUGGUGAAGGAUCAGCAGGGAGAGGCCUGUCCAGAACCACAGAAAGUCGCAGUCCACGUUUGUGAAUGUGAAGAUGGGGUGGUGUGUAGGGAAGCCAGCAAAGGAGCAAAGUUAGGACCUGCAGGCAUAGGUCUGCUUUUCCUGGGCCUGCUGCUGUUACUGCUUCUUCUUCUGUUGCUGCUCUUCUGCCAAUGUGGAGGGGCUGCAGGGCUGCCAGGGGGCUUUGCUGAGUUGCCUUUUGACACCAAAUCACACCUCAUUAACUACCACACUGAGGGCCAGGGGGAGAACACGGAGGUGCCACUACUGAGCAUGCCAACGCAAAUGGACGGAAAUAUGGGCAACAUAACUAUGGGCAUGGCAAACAAUACUUCAGCAAUGCAAACUAUGGGAGGUUUGGAUUUCCGGAAAUCCAUCACUUCUAUGGAUGGGAUGAACGGGGCCGGCUAUCAAGGAGAUUUUACAACUGAACAUAGAGAAGAAACAUUUGGGAUGAUGAACCAGCCGAGUGGCAGUGGCUUCUACUCUGAGUUUGAGAGCAGAGAAACAGAAUUUUAUGAUGGCAUGGCUCUUCCAGGCUACUUCCUGGAACAGUACUACACUCAGAAGGUGAACAGUGGAAACGAGAAUCUUGGAGCAAAGGACAACUAUUUGGUUUAUGACUAUGAGGGCCAGGGCUCUCCUGCUGGCUCAGUGGGCAGCUGCAGCCUCCUGGAGUCUGACAAUGACCUGCAGUUCCUCGAUGACCUUGGGACGAAGUUCAAGACCCUGGCUGAGUUGUGCGAAGGCAAGAAGAUCCCGACUGAAGUCAAACAAGAGUCCACUCCUCUGCCCAGUGCCUCCAUUAAUACCCAGACCUCAGUAUCAAGUUUGAUGGCUGCCCAGCAGCUGCCCACUCCAAAGCCGCCCAUUCCACAGCUGUCCCCUCCACCCAAGCUGCAGCCCAGCAUCACCCAAACAGGGCAAACUCUGGUUAAAGAGACAUCUGCGCAUACUCAAAUGGUGAAAGAAAGCUUUGCCACUUUGAGGGAAGGGAUGACUACAGUGAAAGAAGGGAUGGCAAAUCGAGGUCAGAUGCUCCUACUACAGCAGCAGCAGCCUAUCUACUACACCACCACCCCCGUACUGCAGCCAAUGCAAUACAUAGUCCAGCCACAGUUUCAGAACACCGUGCUGCUGGCUGAAGCACCAGCCACCAACCUGCAGGGCAUGGUACUGGUUAAUGGCACCCAGGCUGGACCUGCCCAAGGCAUGGUUGUUCAGGGACAGACAAUGAUGUCCAACGGACAUGCCCAAGGCCCCCACAUGGUGCUGGUGGAGGGGAGCGGGGCCAACCUGAUCCCCACUGGCAACAUCACUGGAGCCCAGACCAUGAUGGUGGUAGGGGACAAGGUCCCUUCAGGGUCAGUGAAAGGCCUGAAAGGGAGCCUUGUGCAGGGGGGCACUCUGCAGCCAAGAGGGCUUUCAGGAUCUCAGACAGUCCUGGUGGUCGGCAGUCCAACAAGCAGCGGAGGGCAGCUGGUCCAGGAGGCAGGAAGUCUGUCCCAAAUGAGUGACAUCUCUGGCUCUCGAAGCACCCUCUACCGCAGCACAUCCAUUGGUGCCCACAGCAGCUUGAUGGGUUCCCCUUCCACCACAGUGAGCACAACCCCCACCUACCGCAAGGUGGUGGUGCAGCAGGAGGAAUUCACUGAAUGAUGAUGUCGUAAAAGACUUUUUUUUUAAAUGCAAUUCAAACUUCUGGCAAAGCAACCUCUCAAGUAUUUUCAGGUAAUUUGUGCGUUGAUGUCAGUUUAUUGGUGGAGGGUGUGCUGUAGCAGUGUCACUAGAAGUGAAGCUACAUGUAUCUGUGUGUUCAUUUACCACAGCUUCUCAGUUACACCAACAUAUGCACCCAAACAGCAAGUUAUUGCACUGUAAAACCUAACUUUUUGAUUUAAAAAAUACAUUUAUAUCCACAGUUUUCUGGGAAGAAUAUUUUUUACAAUAUAGACUUUGGAUCCAAACACAUAAUUGCCAAAACUUUACCGAAGGUAUUUUUCUUUCCACUGUUGUGUUGUGUUUUUUCUUUUGUGUGUUGUUUGCUUUGAUUACUCAUUUUGUGUCCUUUUGUCUGCCAGCAGCAUGGCAGCAUCAGUCUGUUGGUCCACUAAUUUGGUCCAGACUGAUUCGUCUCAACAACCAUUGGAUCAGGGUCAUGAAAUCUAUAUAGACAUUUUUGGAACUCAGAGGAUGAAUGGAUUUGGUGAUCCUCCUGAGUAGCGCCACUAUGAGGUGAAAGUUUUCACUUACCCUGUUAAAUAUUGUAACAUCUUAUAGAAACAGCAAACAAUUUAAUGGACCAGUAACUUUUAUUAGCGCUAUUAUCAGGUCAAAAAUAUAAAUUUGUCCAAUAUGGUAAACAGAUGGUGAUCAAGCUAAACAUACCAGCAUGUCAGUAUCAUCACUGUGAUCAUGUUAGCAAGCUGAUGCUAGCAUUUAGCUCAAGACACAACUGUGUCUAUGAAAAGCCUUACAGAGCAGCUAGCUGCCCAAUUAUAUUAAUCUGUAUUUUGAAUUGGCAGCAACUGUAUACCAACUCUGCCACCUGGCUACCGAUCCUACUGCUGAUGCAACACGGGCUGAUACCCAUCUACUUUGAUCUUAUCACGUAGCUAAAAAGAGCAGGCUGUAGCUUAAAGUAGAUUAAAUGGUUAACAAUCUUACAUGAUACAUAAAGCAAGUUAGGAUUUGCAUGUUUCGGACAACUGAGGCGGCAGCUGCAGCUGUUGGCUGUCUGAAAGCACAUUUAGUCUUGCCUUCUAUCAGGGCUUGUUUUUCCUUGCAGCAUGCACAGUAUUUUCUACUGAAUUACUUUGUGAAUACCAAAUACAAAUGUAACUUACUUUAAUAGCAGCUUGUGAUCAAUGUUAAAUUUUCCUGUCAACAUGAUCAGUUCUAUUAUUUUUUCCUAAUAAUGCAAAAAGCAUGGGACAAAUGAGUUAGUGAAUGUUGCUCAGACCAUACUGUGGGUUAUGAAGGGGUAAGCUUUGCAUAUUAUUUCAAAUAAAGUGUCUCUGUUGUGAUAUAACAGUCUGUUACUCAUUGAGAGGCCAUGUUUUAUAUAACUGGCAUUAAAAUUAGGAAUGGUUCAAAUGUGUCACUGACUGUACAGCAGAUAAUUGGAAUGUUUGUUACACCUUGUUUCAUUAAUACUCCUUAUUAGUGAUCAGUGUAACAGGCUGUAGCAGUAGUUUAUUUUGGUCAUUUUCAAACUUAUACCAAAUAUACUUAAGAAAAAAAGAAAUUGUAAUUAAUUGUAAUUGUAAAUUGCAAAAAUUGUAAAAGCUUCUCAUCACUGAUGAAACCACAGCUUUGCACAAGUAACCUGACCAGCUGUUCAGAUUUUUGAGAUGUGUGAAUUUAAACAUGCAUCUAAUGGUGAGGGAGAAAACACCCACCUCAUCAUGUGGCUACAGUAUAAAAUACAGAAAAACAUACUGUAGUACACAUACUACAGGACAACAAAACCUUAACUAACACAAAGAAAACAAACCAGCGGCCAGAUUACAAAGCACAACCAGAAUAUUUAGAAUAUUUGAUUCAGCACAGUCUUGAUUUUAAUGCAGUGAUUACAUGGGUGAGAUUAACUUGUUGAAACUGCUCCUGUUUAUGAGGACUGUACAGGUGAGUUUUGAAAGAGUGAUGCUAGCCAAGCUUACUGUUAGCAAUAAUUCUGUUAAAGUAGAAACACUUUAAGCAAUAUGAUGAAAAAGUGGGGGUGUUAUUAACAAGAACUAUCCAAAAAAAUUACUUCUGUUCGCUUGCACUUUGGUUUCUUGGGACCCAGCUUGAUCUUGACAUGAUUGAUAUACUUUUACACAGUUUCUAUGUUUAUGCAAUUUGAUUGUUGUUCUUAAAUGAGCUACAGUAGGUGUUUUAAUGUUGGACAAAAAGGUUUUUUACUAAUACAGUCAGGAUGCCAUGACCUUUGUCUUGUUUUGCUUGUUGUUGUUGUUGUUGUCAAUGCCAUAAAAUGGCAAAUCAUGCUAUGUUCACACGAACUGAAACUCUAAAAGACUAUUGGACUGAGCAGCAAAAAAAAAACAAAAAAACAUGUACUUUGGAUUGAUCACUGCCACGUCAUUGUAUUGGUGUCUUGUAAACCCAUGGGGGUUGGGCACAUUUUUGUGUGCAAGACAAACAAAAGACAAAUCGUCAUCAUCAUCAUCAUCAUCAUCAUCAUCAAAAGCAAUUCAGCCCUUCAGAACAUGAAAUUUCAGUUGUGUGUGUAAUGUAUUAAUUAUCUGUGUUGUGUGAGGUUAAGAAAAAGUGGUUCAUUUAUUAUGAUGCAGACAGGUGCUCAUGUGUUGGAAUACAUUUUGACAUAAUAUGUCUUUUAGGGAUGUCUAAUGGGAAGAAUUUAUCUCAUGCUUGCCCUUUUUAAUAAAUUCUUUCACAGAACA